GAUGGCAGAGGUCACUAUGAAGAGUGGAGGCAAAAGAGGAGUCGUAAAUGUUGAGAUCCAGCCCUCCUCCUCUCCCUCUUCUUCCUUGCCGUCUGUGUGGCGAGGCUUUGGGAGGAAGGUGAGGCUGUUGCUGCCGUACGUGUGGCCUAAAGGUGCUGCAGCGCUGCAGGGACUGGUGCUGCUGUGUUUGGGCCUGCUGGUAGCAGAGCGGCUGGUGAAUGUGCUGGUGCCCGUUUACUCCAAGAACAUUGUGAACGAGCUCUCUGCAGGAGGCGGCUGGACUACACUGAUUGCCACUGUCUGCAUCUACACACUGCUCAAGUUCCUACAGGGAGGAGGGGCAGGCACGUCAGGUUUUAUCAGCAACCUGCGUCAGUUCAUGUGGAUCAAAGUUCAGCAGUUCACCAGCAGAGGCGUUCAGGUGUGUUUGUUUUCCCACCUGCACGGCUUGUCUCUGCGCUGGCACCUGGAGAGACGCACUGGAGACGUGCUGAGGAGCGUCGACAGAGGCACCUCCUCCAUCAACAACCUGCUGAGCUAUAUCCUGUUCAGUAUCCUCCCCACCAUCUGUGACAUCAUCAUCGCCAUCAUCUACUUUGUCUCCUACUUCAGUGUCUGGUUUGGACUCAUCGUUUUCACCUGCAUGGUCCUCUACCUCACCUGCACCAUCCUGAUCACAGAGUGGAGGACCAAAUACAGGAGAGAGAUGAACAACCAAGACAACAACGCCAAGUCCAGAGCCGUAGACUCACUGCUCAACUUUGAGACGGUAAAAUAUUACUGCGCUGAGGAGUAUGAAGUCCGCUGCUUUGAGGGAGCCAUUCUGAAAUAUCAACACUGUGAGUGGAAGAGCUCGGCCUCGCUGGCUCUGCUGAAUCAAACCCAGAACAUCAUCAUCGGAUCAGGACUGCUGGCUGGAUCUCUGCUCUGUGCCUACCUGGUCUCCGAGGGACAGUUUCAGGUUGGAGACUAUGUUCUGUUUGGCACCUACAUCAUCCAGCUGUACACUCCUCUCAACUGGUUUGGUACCUACUACAGGCUGAUUCAGAGUGCGUUUGUUGACAUGGAGAACAUGCUGGCACUGCUAAUGGAGCAGAAAGAGAUUCAGGAUACUGAGGACGCACAGGACUUGCAGCUCACAGCAGGUCAGGUGGAGUUUGACAGAGUCUGUUUCAGCUACGUGCCUGGCACUGAGAUUCUUCGGGAUGUGUCCUUUACAGUGGAGGGGGGACAGACAGUCGCUUUGGUUGGUCCAUCUGGAUCAGGGAAAAGCUCCAUCCUGCGUCUGUUGUUCAGAUUCUACGACCCUCAGAGUGGCAGCAUCCGCAUUGACGGUCAGGACAUCUCCAAGGUGCGUCAGUCUUCUCUGAGGCUGCACAUCGGCGUGGUUCCCCAGGACACCGUUCUCUUCAACGACACCAUCGGCAACAACAUCCGCUACAGCCGAGUCACAGCCAGUGACCAGGAGGUGGAGAGAGCUGCCAUGGCCGCUGACAUACACGCCAGGAUACUGGAGCUACCUCAGGGAUAUGACACAGAUGUGGGGGAGCGAGGCCUGAAGCUCAGCGGUGGGGAGAAACAGAGAGUGGCGAUUGCACGAACCAUCCUGAAAGAACCUCGGAUCAUUCUGCUGGAUGAGGCCACAUCUUCACUGGACACCCAGACUGAGAGAAAUAUCCAGGCUUCACUAGCCAAGGUCUGCACCAACAGGACGACUAUAGUGGUCGCACACAGGUUGUCCACCAUCGUCGGAGCAAACCAGAUCCUGGUGGUUAACAACGGACAGAUAGCAGAGAGAGGAAGACACGAGGAGCUGCUGGCCCAGGGAGGUCUGUACGCAGCCAUGUGGAUGAAACAGCAGAAAAGUCACGACACACAAACAGAAACACAGAUCAGUGAUCAGACUCAAGACACCUGACGCUCACCCGAGUAUGAACUUUUUUUUUUAUUCAGUACUCACUACAGACUUUUUCAUCAUAUCUGAUAUAGUUAAGAUGAUGUAUCUGCACCUGUGGCUGAAGUAAAGUCUGGACAAAGUGAAAUCAUGCAGUUUAUUAGAAAAUCACAAUGACACUGUGAGCUGUUGUCAUCAUCAUCAUUCAUACCAUACAGUUAUGGCAGCUUUUACUCUCACUGGGCCUCGUUCACUGAUGUGUGCAUGAAAAUGUCAUUACUUUGCACACAAAAUAAGUGUGCAUACAAAGUUACCUUCAGAUUUAUGACACUUGUUCACCAUCCAAUUUUGUUUUUACCACCAUGAGCAUGUUAGUGAGUGGGGUGGGAAUCACCAGAGGAUCCACGAUACGGUAUUAUCACGAUACUUAAAUCACGAUACAAUAUUGUGAUAUGCUGAGUAUUGCGAUACAAUAUAUUUCCCUGAAGGAAAACUCUGUCAACGUCAGUUUUACCUCAUAAGAUAAAGUUUUCAGUCUCUGAGUGAGGUUUCCGGUUUCAUGCAGCAUUACCUGUCCUGUCCCGCGACCAUAUCCUGCAUAUGAAUGCAGUUAGACUUGUAGAAAAUAAUCUGCAGAAAACAGUUACGUCAGCCAGCUGACAACCGCAGUAGCAACACCACACUGAACAAUGGAAAGUUAUUCCCUUAAAGUCAAGGUGAAAGCCCCUCAGCAGCAGGAGAAUCUGGCGGCGGUCACAUGUGCUUCCUGUGAAGAUUCCAGUCAAGCCAUUAAAAGCAGAGGUGAUUAUGUUACCGAGAUUGUUUUGGUGAAAACAUCCGGGAUGGGCUCAAAGUGCCGGUGUCAAGGGGUUACUGUUUAGAGUAAAACUAUAUCAGCAGCCUGAGGGCCACAAAGAGGAAGACAGAUGGGGAGUGUGCUGUAGCAGAACGUUGUCCUGUUUAGGAGAGGGAUCCCUCCUCAGCUGCUCCUCCUGAGGUUUCAAACAUUUUUUCUUUCUCUGUUAAAGAGUUUUUUUGACGGGAUUUCUAUCUUAUCACCGUGAGGGUCCAAGGACAGAGGGUGUCGUAUGCUGUAAAGCCCUCUGAGGCAAACUGGG